AAUUAACAUAGAAAUUCUUAAAAAUUCUAUAAGUAGAAUUUUUAACCGUCACAGCGGUAAGGGAUUUCCAGUAAUAACACCUAAAAAAAUUCAAGAACGAAUUAAGCAUGAGGGCAAGAGGACUAGUGUACUAGCGUAA